AAAGGAGGGCUGCAGAGAAGUGGGGAAGAGAGAAGGCGACGUCGCCGGCGACCGGAGGAGAGGGGGAUGAGCCCGAAGGAGGCUACGGCGGGCGGCGGGGAGGGAUCUUCGAGGCGUCCGGAAGGGAGCGGAGACGGAGAGAGCGAGCUGGCGGGGGCGCUGGCGCGGCGGCGGCUGUACCGGGAGGUGACGCUGGCGCUGCGCACGGGGCUGCGCGACGCCAAGGCCGACUUCUCCUUCCUCCGCGCGAGGGGGCUGCGCAGCCUCCUAGGGUUCCUGCGCUCCACCGCCUCCGCCGACGGCGACUCGCAGCUGCUCCUCUUCCGCCACUCCCAGUCCAUCCCCGAUCUCCAAGUUAUUCCCGUUCUCUUUCAGAAUUCAUUGCAUCAAGCAAAGGAAGAUCCUGUUGUGACAUUGGAUCAUAUUGUUGGAGUCCAACCAAUGAAGAUUACGAGCCCCCCAACAGAUUCUGAAAUUGCUCUAGCUCUUAGAGUUUUGGAAGGUUGUUGCCUUUUGUAUAGCCGAUGCACUGCUCUGGCCCACAAGUACAAGGCUGUGAAGGUACUCUUGAAUAUAUUAGCCAGCCGAGGUCCAACUGAGCAAGGGGUGUGCUUGGAUGCUCUGAUAUCAUUACUGUUGGAUUCACCUUCGAAUCAGAUUGACUUUGAGGAAUACAGUGGACUUGAAAAGGUUGCUGAGCUUUUGAAGGAUUUGCAAGUAGAAGAGCAUAUAAGGUUGAAAUGUGGGGAGUUUCUACUGCUGCUCAUCGGACAUGUUUACGUGAAGGAAAACACUCCCAUACACGCUCAAAUGAAAAAUCUAUUUGGGGAGCAGUGUGCGUCGCUCAUAUGGGCAGCGAGCCGGUUUGGAUCCAACCUUGACUCGGAGCAGAGGCAUAGGACCUUGGAAAUACAAGCAAGGAGAGUUGUCGAAUCUUUGGAGCCCUACUAGGACAAUGCCACCAAUGUGUUCCUCCUGACAAUGGUUUGCAUGCUUCAUUUUUUGCACGAUAACAGGGCAGAACCUUGUGUGCCUCAUUCUGCUCUUGCAAAGCCUUCUGUCGUUCUUUUCAUGUGUAAAGCCAGUCUUACAUUCACUGUUGGUAUAAACUUCUUUGAAAAUAUUGUAUCUCUUUCAGCUUUGUUGAAAAGACCUUUUUUCUAAGUUUUAUUUAAAGAUCAUGAAUUAGUGAAAA